AUAGGUAUAAAGGCGCAGCGAACCCAAUUACCCUCUCUUUCUACUUUGUUGCCGCUGCCGCGCUCUUACUCAGUGUUGCUCAUCAGUCCUCCUCCGGUAACGAGACGUGUAAAUUGUAGUUGAGAUCCUUUUGAACAUCCUUGGUGCGAAGAGGGAAUCUAAAACCCUAGCGAGUCAAUCAGGGUUUACACGCCAGGAUGGUGCUAGUGGUCGCUUCGUCGUCUGUUGAUUCGGGGAUUGGUUGUUGGGACCUCCACACGGGUGCGGAACAACUACGUUACAAGUCUUGUGCUUCUCCUGCACAUGGUCUUGUUUGUGUUGGUGAAAGGUUUCUCGCAUGCUCUCAGCUUCGUGAUCCCGCUGCCACCUCAGGCUCCGUACUCUACUGGUCUUGGUUUAAGCCUCAAGUAGAAGUUAAGAGCUUUCCGGCUGAACCAAUAAUGGCAUUGGCUUCCAACAAUGAGGGUACAUAUAUCAUUGGUGGUGGUUUCUCUGGAGAUAUAUACUUGUGGGAGGUUAUGAGCGGUAGACUGCUUAUGAAAUGGCAUGCUCAUUAUAGGGCAGUUACUUGCCUAGUAUUCUCUGAAGAUGACUCCCUGCUAAUCUCUGGCUCUGAAGAUGGCUGCGUUAGAGUUUGGUCCCUUCUAAAGGUAUUUGAUGAUGGAUGGCAAAGGGAAUCAAAACAUUUGUAUGAGCAUAGUUUCACUGGGCAUAAUCUACCUGUUACUGACAUUGUUAUUGGUUAUGGAGGAUCCAAUGCUAUUAUAGUCUCUUCCUCUGUGGAUCGUACUUGUAAGGUGUGGAGCUUAUCUAAGGGGAAAUUAUUAAGAAAUAUCAUAUUUCCUUCGAUCAUUGAUGCAAUUGCUUUGGAUCCCGGUGAACAUGUCUUCUAUGGUGGUGGUAGAGAUGGGAAGAUCUACACUGCUGCGCUUAAUGCUAAAAGCCCAUCCAGCAGUGAUUAUGGAUUGCAUAUUCUCGGCUCAUUAUCAAAUCAGAGCAAGUCUGUUACUUCCUUGGCAUACUGCUCAAGUGGUAAUUUAUUGAUCUCUGGAUCUGAGGACGGAGCAAUCAAAGUUUGGGAUACCAGAACCAAUAAUAUUAUUCGUGUUCUCAAACAUUCAAAAGGUCCUGUAAAUAAUUUACUUAUUGUUCGACAACAGCUCCUCCCGACUUCACAGCUAAAUCCAACCUCCCAAGGUUCUUUGAGAAAGCAUCGAUCACUAUUACCUCCUGCCCUUGCAAAAUUCGGAAACUCGAAGGACGACGAUGAAGACACUGGUGUUAUCAUUGGUCGAUCAGGUCCUCCCGUGGAAUCCAUGGGGUUUUCCCCCAUUAGUUCUCAUGUGAUGGAUAAUCAAAUCACAGAACUUCAGCAACAGGGUUCUGCUGCCACAGGAAUGGAGUUGGAAAGACUUAAGCGUGAUUAUGGAAAAUCCAUGCAAAUGCAACAGCAGUGGAGAAAACUGUACGACAAUUUACAUCAAUAUUGUGUAAAUGAGCUUCUGGAUGGCGAUCAAACUAAAAUUUAGAAGGCAAUUCUGCUUGAACAUUACUAUUCUUUUUGUUUUAAAUUUUGUUUUGUUCCAUCUCGUGUUCUACAAAUUGUAUCAUCAAGUUAGGUUAGUAUUUGAUGGAAUUGUUAGGAAGCCAUCCUUGAUUAAUUUUAAUUCCCGAACCUUUUUUCUCGGAUAAGAUCUGUGCAUGUUGGCACGAGUACCCUAAAUUUAUAUGAAUACUUUUGGUCACGUGGGUAUUUGAUUCGGGUUGUAUGAACAGCACUAGAUAUGUUAUGAUUUUUGGGGCAACUUUUUUUCAGUUGUGCUUAUA